GUUGAUGGCGACUCCCUGGUCAUUGACGGCCAGAAGGUGGCCUUGUCCCACACCCGUGAUCCCGCUGAGAUCCCUUUCGGCGAGAACGGUGCUGAGUACGUUUGCGAGUCCACCGGCGUGUUCCUGACCACCGAGAAGGUGCAGCCCCACUUGAAGGCCGGUGCCAAGAAGGUGAUCUUCUCCGCCCCCGCAAAGGAUGACUCCCACACCAUCGUGAUGGGCGUGAACGAGAGUGCCGCAAAGGCAGUGGCGAAGGUCAUUCCGGAUGUGAAGGGCAAGCUGACCGGCAUGGCUUUGCGCGUGCCGACCAUCGAUGUCUCCGUGGUCGACCUGACCGUGGAGUUGGAGAAGGAGACCACAUACGAGGAAAUCUGCGCCGAGAUGAAGAAGCGCUCCGAGGGAGACAUGAAGGGCUACCUGGGCUACACGGACGAGGCACUGGUGUCCACCGAUUUCGAGACCAACCCGAUCUCUUGUACUUUCGACUCCAAGGCUGGCAUCAUGCUGGACCCUACCUUCGUCAAGGUCGUCUGCUGGUAUGAUAACGAGUGGGGCUACAGCUGCCGAGUUGUCGAUUUGAUCAAGCACAUGGCUGCGGAGGAUGCCAAGGCAUAA